AUUUAAUACAUAUAGUUACGGUUGUUUGAACACUGAUAUCGCGAAAACGUGUUUUGCUAACGGCAAACUUACUGACCUACUACGCAUUCCACCAUACCAAGCAAAUUCAUGGGAAUACUUGCUUGGCUUGGAGGUUUUACCUUCAAUUAUUGUAUUAUUUUAUUAUUUUGUUAGUUGUGAAUACAAAAAUUACUUUUUCUUCUCUGAAUUAAGCGCAGUAAAUCAAAAUUAAACGAUCUAUACGAACUCUGAUAAUAAAGUACAUUUUUUUUAGAAAAUCAGAAAAAUAGGCAUUAAUUUUGUGAACAGAUUUGAAUUUAUAUACAUAUAUAUGAAAUAUUUUAUCAAAUAUUUAUAAGUUUGAUUUUUUUUAAGCUAUAUAAAAAUAUCACGAAGAUAAUGAUACAAUGUAUUACAUAAAAUCACACUACUUUGUAGAUUUCACUGCUACUGCUACUAUAGCAUUAUCUGAAUCCGUGUUAUGUUGCAUGAUCAGUCAAGUAGUCCUAUGUGAAAAAAACCAAUAGAAAAUAAUAGAAACAGAUUUAAACUUUAUUGAAAUUAUAUUCAAUUUUAUAAUACUAAUUCAAAAUUAUUGUUUCAAUUGAAUGCUCAUUUGAUCUAUUAAUAAAGAAGUUAUCUAUUUCUACAAUUUCUUAACAGUAUUUCAAUUAAAUAAUUAAAUAUUUAUUAUGAGCAUAUAUAUUUUUUUGUACAAUUUCUCGAGUUAUCUAAUUCAAUCUGAAAAUUAUGCGAUUUGUUAUGAUUUAUAUGUGUUUGUUUUAAUAUUAAUAUUUUAUACAUAUAAUAUGUAUAUAAUAUUAAUAAUAAUAAAAUCAAAUAUAUCUAUUUUUUAAAUAUGUAUAUUAAAAAUAAUAAAUUAUUUAUAUAUAAAUAGUUAUAAAAAAAUAUUUAAAUUAUUUAUAGAUAAAAAAAAGAUCUAAAAUUAAGAUAUUAUGUAAUUCGUCAUACACAAAAUAAUAGGAUUAUAUCAAAUUCGAUAAAACAUGACCAGAUAAAAGAUUAAAGAUGUUUAUAAAACUAGAUACUAAAUAACACAAGUAAAAAAAUAACAAAUUUGAUGUUUACAAACUAAAAACAUGAGAGGAUUAUAUAGAUUUUUUCUUAUCUAAUCUAUCAGAUUUUUUAAAUAUAGAGGGUCGAUUUAAAUUACUGUCAAGAUUAGUAAAUGUAUCCUCUGUAACGUUUCCAAUACUCUAUUCGUUAACCCCGAGGUUGCUGAUCCGCUGCAUGACUGAAGAAUGAACGUCGUCCAGCGUUGAAAUGAAAUCCCGUAAUCCAAGCCCGUGAGGCAGAACAGUGAAACCGUCGUGUUUCAUGUGCCCGUAUGAACUAGCAACUGGUUCCGGCUGCGGGUUUGCCAGUCAACGAGGAACCUUCAAGACGAUCAAGUAUUCUGCGCGAUCAAAGUACGCCAUGAGUGUUGCCGUUGAGUCGAUUUUGUGCGUGAUCCUCGGAUUUUCGUGGAUUCUCCUGCUACAUCCGGCAUAUAGCAGUCCGUAUCGUGAUAAUUAUACGGUGAUACGUUCACAAUAUAAUCAUUUGAAGGAGAAGAUAUUCAAGCAGGAAAAAGCACUUAAUGUGGAAAGCGGUUUCCAGGAUGCCCUUAACGAUGAAGAAAUGCAGCCGUGUUUGAAUUUCAAAGGUAGAGAAGAGGAUCGUCUCGUAUUCGCUAAAGCAAGUAAUCAUCAGAACACACCCAGAGACUUACUCUGGGAUGAAGAUGAUGACGAUGAUGAUUAUAGAGGUUUUUCUUUAUUUGGCCUCGUUGAAUCCGUGCUGUCCGUCGUAGCUAGCGGACUCAGCACAGUUGUGAACAGUAUCGUCGGUACCGAGAAAAAGGAUUCACGGUCACGUACCAGAAGAAUAAACUAUAGAAAUUUCCAUUUAAUCAGGGCAUUUCCUAACACGGCAAGUCAAGUUACGGAUUUGCGCGAAUUAAGAGACGCCGAGCCUGAAGAUAUUAAAUUUUGGUCCUUUCCAAAUUCUAACAGAACUUCUGACAUGAUUGUAUCGCCAGAUCUUGUAAAUGAUGUUAAGGAAUUUUUAAAGGAUAAGAAGAUUAACUUCAAAAUAUUAAUAUCGGAUAUUCAGAAGACUAUCUCUUAUCAAAAUCCAAAAAUGUCUAAAGAACAGCGCGACGAUUUGGUCAUCAAUCAAGGCCAUACGAUGACGUGGAAACGUUAUCAUCGAUACGGAGAUAUCAUACGCUAUUUAGAACACUUAGCCACCAAAUAUCCCAAAAUGGUAAAAUUAAUAACAAUUGGACAUAGCUAUGAGGGUCAGCCGAUAAAGGUGGCGAAGGUUUCGACAGGAUCGAACAAACAAGGCCAAAAGAAACCCGCCAUUUGGAUCGAUGCCGGCAUGCACGGACGAGAAUGGAUUGGUACCGCAGUGGCGACCUACAUAUUGAAUCAGUUGGUAGAGAAGAAUACGAGCUACACAAAAUUAUUAGAUAAUUCGGACUGGAUGAUUCUGCCGGUUGUUAAUCCUGACGGUUAUGAGUACAGCCAUGUCAGUGAUCGUUUUUGGAGGAAGACCAGAAGCAAUCAUGUGGAAAGUCAGAAUGAUAGUAGGUACACGCCUUCCAAUUUAUUACAGCUCGUAACGCACUAUGCCAGAUGGUUAUGGACUACAUGCGAAGGAGUCGAUCCGAAUCGAAAUUUUGCGUACCACUGGGGCGAAGAGAAAGAAGGAGGAGCUAGUUUAGAUCCUUGUCAGGAAACGUAUUCCGGGCCUUUCGCCUUCUCUGAACCAGAAACGAAGGCGAUGGCAGAUUAUAUUUUGGCGAACAAAGAAGAUAUUCGAUUGUACUUGACUUUGCAUUCUUAUUCUCAAAUGUGGCUGGUACCAUGGGGUUACACACGUUCGAAACCGUCGGAUUACUCUGAUUUGGUAAACGUGGCGAAGAAAGCAAUUAAUGCGAUUGCGAAAAUUCACGGCACUAAUUAUCAACUUGGACCAGCAGCAGAACUAAUGUAUCCGAUUUCUGGAGCGUCUGACGAUUGGGCUAAAGGCGUCGCUUCGAUAAAAUAUGCAUAUACGGUGGAGCUACGUGAUCGCGGAACAUAUGGAUUCCUAUUACCGGCUACUCAAAUAGUUCCGACUGCGCGCGAAAUUUGGGCAGGCAUACGAGCGAUCGCCCGAUUAGUUACGUACAACACGUGAAUGCAACGUCUUACGCUUUUGAUGCGCAUUUAACGUUCGAAUGUUCUUGUUUUAAUCCAGGUAAUGGAAACUGGAUCAAUGCCCUUCGUGAGUCAUACAAGUUGCGGGUUUUCACCGUUAUUUCUACGCAGUAGACAUCGAUGAACUGAGUACAUAGGGCAUUUGUAUUGAGAAAUCGGCAUUUAAAUGUUAUCGACAUAAUUUAAUUGAGCUACAAAUGUCGGCGAGAGAUAAAAUUAUCUUUAAUUGAAAACUCAGAGAGGACACAUUAUCUGUCAUGAUAAUCAUUAAUUUAUUUUUGUUAUGAUUCUUGAAUUUUGAGUUACAUAACAAAUAGGUACAUAAGAUGCUGUAAUAGAUUGGGGUUUCCCGUGCAAAGUUACGUACCUUAAUUGAUUACAUAGUCGAAUUAAAUAAAAAAUUAUAUUUUAGAAAUUAAAAUUGUUUAUAAGAUUUAUUACUUUUUUAGAUACGUUUAUCUAUGUACAUUUUUUAUAGACUAAGUAAAACGUGUUUCUGUGUAUACAGAAUUAUAUUUAUAUACUUACAAUUAGUAAUGAGAGAAAGUGUAUAAUAUAAUGAACGUUUUUAUUAUUUAUUAUUUACUUUAUUAUAUAUUAGUGCUAAACUCUUUUGUACAAAUAAUAGUACGUUAAGUAUC